UUUGAAAGUAGACAACGUGUAGCCACUUUCCAAGAAUGACUAUUUACAGUUUAGCCACCGCCGGCACCGCCGCGAUAAUAAAUAAUAAAUCCGCGCAUAAUGAUCGAAGGGCCGUUCUUUUCUCUAGGGAUAAAUAAUAAUUAUUCUACGUAGGGAUAAAUAAUAAUUAUUCUAACGUCCCUUUCACGGCGGGACCGAGCGGAGUGGAUAUUAUUUACUCCGUUUGUACGUGUCGCCUGUCAAACGUUCUCUCGCGGCCGCGCUGCCGCGCUGCAACCGCCGCGUUCCCGUUCACUUCUUCUGCGCCUCGGACGCCGCGGAGCGUCGCGUUGCUGCACUGCGCAGAUGCGGAACGGGAGCGGCGCGCACGGAACGAAGGAUCGGGACGCGCGCGACCUGACGGACAUCAGCCAUGUCAGCUAACGAUCAGUCUCUGGUGAGGAUCAAGGUUGAGGAAGAGUAUGUCCAGGUUCUGGCAGUGGAUCAGAACACUCCAGUCAUCUCAGAGGAACCACAUAUUGUUAUGAACAGUAAGGAUCUGCCCAAACCUUACAGCCUGCAAAUGGUCUUCGAAGAGCUCCUGCUCGAUCCUGUGGGGCCUCCAUCUGUUCCAGACAUUCUGCAGGCCAGGAGGGAGCCGGAGGAACAAAGCUACAGCCCCAGAGCCAAGAGAAAGAGAAGCUCUUCUUCCCUGUUAGAUGCCAUGGGUUCCGAAGUAGAGGAGGAGUGUCAGCCGGAGGACUCGACGGAUGUGGAGCUCGAGUAUGAUAGCCAGCCAUCAGCUGAAGAGGCUGUUGGAAGCGCCGAAGACCUCUAUGUUGAUCACCAAAGAACUCUGGGAGAAAUACUGACAUAUUGCCAGGUUAUGUAUGAGGCCAUCAGGAACCUUGAUCAGAAAUUUGACAGUCUUCAAGCCAAGGUCACCAGCAUGCAAGCCCAGUUUGGGCCCAGCCUCUUCCAGCAGAAAGCACAACUGAUGUCCAGCAGCGGGACUCCAGUGCAGCAGGUGAGGACAGAGGGAUCUUCCAUGGCAGACUCUGGGCUGCCCAUGCCUCUGCUGAUUCGGGUGGGCUCCCCCCCACCUUCCCUCCAGGCAGAGGGCAAGAAGCCGCCAACGCUCUCCCCAGCACCAGGGGUCCCCAGUCCCCCACGGCUUGCGCCUCAGGGAUCCUCUAAGCAGACCACAGCAACAGCCUGCCUGUCUACGCCCUCACUGCCUGCUAGUAAGACCGCUGCAGAAACCCCCAAGAAACCAACCCUGGCGGCGAAGGGUGGCCCCUGUAGAACUGCCCGACGAUGUGUCUCCAGGGGGAAAAAAGGUGCACAAAAAACAGUGUGGUUGGGGGAUCCCAAGCGAAAGGUGCGGAUCCCCAGCAGUGUGCUGAAGAAAGCGGCGGGCACUCCGAGCCCCCGCAGUGCCGUACGCCUCCUGCUUCGGAACUUGUUUCCCGUGGAGACGCUCACCUCCAGCAACAUCAUGGGGGACUCUGUCCGGGGUCUGAAGAAGUUGGACCCCAACAAGAUUGCCGCCAUGCGAGAAUGGGUUGCUAAGAAAUUUCCCACCUUUGACCUGAAGGAAAACGGCAGGGAUUGGAAGGCGUGCGUCUCCAUCAUGAACUCCACCGCCAGGUACCUUCGCUUCGAGGCCAAGAAGCACAAGCACAAAGGUGAAGGCAGUGGCAACAAUGAGAAAACGCUAUUAAGCGAAGCUGAAGCACCUGUCUCCAAGGCCACAGCAGAGAUUGAUGUGGAGCUGUCUGACAGUGAGGGAGACGGCCCAUCCACAUCCACAUCCCGCAAGACCACCACUUCCAUGCCACAGCAGAAAACUACAGAAAAAAAUUCCAGGACUAGGUUGGCAGAUGGACAGAGCAUCAAGGAAGACAUUUUUGAGUACCUCGGGCCUCCCAGCCGCCAAGUGAAAGUGCCGCAAUCCGCAAUGUCCACAGCUCGCUUACGCACCAGACCAGAGUUAGUUGCUCGCUUCCUCAUCAAAUACCUUUUCCCAGAGCAUGUGCUGGUUAAAAGCAAUGUCUAUGGGAACCGGGAACAUGGCAUCCAGGCACUGGACCAAAACAAGAUCAGUGCACUGAGAGAACACCUGAAGGACCGUUUCCCUUGGAUGCUGCUGGAGGAGAACGGGCAGGACUGGAAGGCAUGCGUGGGGGCCAUUAACAGCACCAUACGCAAGUUCCGCCACGACCUCAAGAAGGGCAAAACCCGCAGAAAGGGCCACUGAGCCGUGUUUUACAGCGAGGGUGUGACAGUUCGUGUUCCGUAACGCACUGCACUGAAACUUUCACCAAGGGCUUCAUAACUGGAGUGUUGUAACAGGUAGUGUAGUUCUGUCGACUUAGGUUGCAACUAUUUUUUUAUCUGCAGUCACUGGAACUGUUUUUUUUUACUGGUGAUACAACUUAUACUGUCAUCUGUCAUUGUUCGGGUUCCGAAUAUCUGGUUUUGUAUUCGGACUGCGGUUAUUCAUAGCCUUUAUCCUUAGCUAGUCUGGACUGUCAUUUAUCCAGUCUGGGACAUCGGCUCCAGACCAACAACAUCCAGGUCAGCAUGAUAAACUAAAACCGCCUUUGAAAGUUUUACCAACUGACUAUGUGAGCGAGACUGUGAGAUGCACUGCAUUGUGGGAACUACAUACAAUUGCUUGUCCCGAGCGGAGACGUGGCAAGCUAGGGCCUUGCUUGGCGGCGGAGGGCGCGGGGCCGAGGAGGAAGGGGGACAUGCCCACGAUGGGAUGCCAGUCCAUCGCGGGGCACCCCAAGCAGGACUCGAACCCCUGACCUGCCACACAGCCAGCACUGACUGAACCUGCCAUGAACCCCCCCCGCCCGAAAUAAUUUUUUUAAAUUUUAUAUAUAAUCUUAUAAUAAUUGUUAUACAUUUUGAUGUGUGACACAUCUUUUUCUUUAUGAUAUUAGCCAUCAUGUAAGGACCUUGGGAGGGGCUUGAAAAAAAAUUAGGUUUUUUCUCAGUAAGAAAUCCUGGAAUAAGUAAUCUCAUCAUCUGGUUUUUUUUCAUAUUUGGUCUGCUUUUCAAGAACGCAUUAGCAUUAGAUAUCGGGAGAUAAAGGUAUUACAUUUACCGUCUCUUUUUUUUGGGAAGCACUUUUAUUUAAGUGCAUGCAAAGCUGAAAUAACUGUCACUUUUAAUGUUAUGUUUUGUUUCUAUUUAUUAAUGUUUGUUAUGAAAAUUAAUAUAUUUUGUCAGAAUGCUUGUAUUUAUAUUAAGUUGCAGCUUAUGGGAAUGUAUAAGUUCAAAACGUGUACACUAUACAUUAACCAAUUGUGAGGCACGGCAAAGCAAAAGACAAAACCAGUUUUAGUUACCACUGCAGUUCUCCUCCUUGAGCAAAAGUUUGUAAUAAAUCAUAGAUAUUUGCAUAAGUGAAGUGACUUGCUGUUUCUGUAUACACUAACUCCUCAAUUUUACAAAGACAGUUGGGGCUCGAAAUAUGUAAAUAACUUGGUUUGUUAGUAAAUGAAACCAUUACAUUUCAAUCAAAAAACGCUUAAUACAGACGUCCCUUUGAUCUACUCGCUGGUAAGGUUCUGUCACGAACCUCGCAUAAAGCUGUAAUGAAAGAUUUAAUUUAUUCUAUUGUCAUUUACGUCCUCUGCAGGGUUCCAGAGCUUUUCUAGAAAGAUACGCUAUGGCUGGGACGCCAAUCCAUCACAGGACUUUUAAUGACUUUAAUUAAGAUGAAACAACACUAUGAUUAAACCUACUUCAAAAUUCUUGCAAAUGAAAAAUUUAUCAUUGCUAUUAAAUCCUAUUUAAUACUGACCAAUUUGUCAUAUAUACCUGUUCACUGAGCAGCUUCUGCACAGGUCUUGGCUAUAGUUAAUUGUACAUGAAAAACAUCUUUGUUGGACUUUUAGAUUUGUGCUAAUGCUUUUCCCCAAAUCAACUUAAAGUUUUAAGCUACUUAAGAGUUACGCAAGCGAGUAAGUCUUACCGGCACGGUUUAGGGUUAGUACCCUCCUUAAGGGUUCUACGGCAUGAAGCGGGACUCCAACCUUCAGGGCUGAAGGCUGCAGCUGUAACGGGCAGGAUUGUCACCAGUGGGAUGAAUGGUUGUAGCAAUUCUUGGAGCCCAUGCCUUUAGAGCAGUACUUUCAGAACUAAUUUAUUUUAUUCAAUGGGCAGCAGAGCAAUAUUCUUUCAAGGGGCCCAGAAUAACUAGCUGCGCCCUUGGUAUUCGGUACACUACCCCCUGCCGUGUUUUAUUCACUUCCAGCUACAUUGAAAUGAGUCAAAUAAUUUUAAAUGAGUAGUUCAUAGUUGAGGGGGUGCGGCGGU